AUGGUGCCGUGGGUCUUCGCGAAGGUGCCCGUGCUCUUGACAGAUGUCGUUGUGGCCGUGCCUCGGCUGUGCACACACCCUGGCCAGGGAGGGCAUGGCGGCUCCGACGCCGGGAACGAGCAGAGGCCGGCCGCCGCGAGCUCUGCUGCGACGCCCGGACCUGCGGGCAGGGACAGCGCCGGGGCCACGGCCGGCCCCGCCGCCGUCGUGCCCGCCGCCCUCAUGGCGGUCCUGGCGGCGCCCACCGGGCCCGCGGGCUCGGCCGGGGCCUUCCCCCGCGCCGCCCGCGCCGCUAUCGGUGGCCUGCUGGCGGCGGCCGGCGUAGCAGCGCAGCGGCGGGCGGCGCUGCCGGCGGGCCCCGCCAGCGCCGCGCUCCGCCCGCUGCGGGGCACCCCGCGCGUCGCGGCGCCCCCAGGCCACGGCAGGCGCCAGGGUGUGCUGCAGGUCGCCUCCGCCAGCCUGGCGGUGCCGAGCGCGGCUGUCCCGGCGUGGGCGGAGCAGUCCACGCGCUUCAAGGCCGAGUGGGCUGCCGACGAGGCUGUGUCCUUCUUCAACACCUUCAGCGAGGAUUCUUACGGCGCCAUGCGGGACGACACCAGGCGAACUCCCCAGUUCAUCAAGGCGAUCCAGCAGCGCGUCAGCGCCAGGAAGGGGUGCACCGUGCUCGACAUCGGCACCGGCCCCUUCGCGCUCUUCGCCCUGGUCGCCGCCAGGGCCGGGGCCAAGAAGGUGUAUGCAGUGGAGGCUAAUCCGGAGGCCGUCAAGCGUGCGCAGGACUUCGUCAACCAGGCCGAGGACAUUCCGGAAGGCGCGAUCGAGGUCAUAGAGGGCCUGACGACGGCCAUCAAGCUGCCAGAGAAGGUUGACAUCGUGUGUGCGGAGAUCAUUGGCGCUAUCGCUAGUGAGGAGAAUUGCUGCGCCACGAUCAAGGACGCACAAAACCGACACAUGAAGGACCCGACAGACCCGUUCAACUUCAUCCCGGUCGGCGUGGAGACGUACAUGGCUCCCGUGAGCUACGCCCUGCACGGCAUGCUGGCGCCGCCGCGCUUCGAGCGGCUGCAGGGCAGGCCGCUCCGGGUGAACUGCCGGGACGAAACGGUGCAGCUGCUCGCGGACCCGCAGCGCCUGGAGAGCCUGCAGUUCGCGGACCCCGCCCUCCCCGGUCGAGGCCGCAUCCCCGAGACCGCCUUCAGCUUCCCCGUCACCUCCGAGCGCCUGCAGGCAAACUACAAGAAGUAUUACGACGCGGUGGUCAAGGACGGUGCCAAAGCGGACGAGGCUGAGCGGCUGGCCACCUCCGUGGCCUACGGAUUCUCCGGGGUGGCGUUCUGGCCCAAGCUGAUACUGGACACGACGGGGGACAUCGUGGUCGAGUCGCGGGGGCCCCGGGGGGAGCACCAGAAGAGCCACUGGCAGACGCUGCUGUCCCUGACGACGCCGGUCCCCGCGGCCGUGAAGGCCAGAGGGUGCAGGGAAGAGGCGGGGCUGCGGCGAGGCGCGUCCCGGCUCUCCUUCCUGGCAGGCUCGGCUGUGUUGCGUCGAGCCGCCGCUCCUGGCCCCAUGACCUCGGGCGGCCCGGCCCUGCGAAGGCGUUCGUGCGCAGUCCAGCGGCAAGCGCGAUGGGCGGCCAUGAGCGCAAAUCUCGCGUCGGCGCUGCAUGACGCAAGGAACAAGGAGAAGGCGGAUAUCAACAUCCAGAACGCCAGCUCGGGGUCUCAAGAGGGCGACGAGGGGGGCGCGGACAAGAGAAUGCGGGAUGAGAGGGCCAGCGGUUCGGAGAGGCACCAGGUGACAGGGCAGCACGAGCAGGAAAAGCAGUUCCCGUGCCUUCCCAGUGGCAUGGAUCGCAAGCAGACGCCAGACGUCCUGGACGCCACGAGGUACUUCCUGGACGGCGAGAUCCUGUCCGCCUGUCCGUCGGUCACGCUGUCCGCGUGCCCGGCUCUGCACUGCGGAGACUGUGCCUGCCCUGAGGACGCGUCCGCGUUCGAGUGCUGCGUGGUCAGGGGCGCCGCGCAGCAGCUCGCGGCGCACUUCGGGGCGCCCGUGAGCGGCGCCGCCGUCCUGAGGGUCUGCGACAGCGUGAUGGGCGCCGGCUGGGCUGGCAGCCUCGCCAAGUCCGUGUCUCCCGAGCAGCCCGCCGCGGCGGUGUUCGAGUUCGUGGCCUCCUGCGGGGCGCACCUGGACGGUUUCAGCGCCGAGGAGCUGCGCCGGGACCUCUGGCCGCUGUUCCUCGCCCUGGGGCCCCUCCGCGCGCGCUCCUGUCUGAGGGCCCUCUCCGCCGACGAGGUGCGGCUCUACCUGGUGCCGCUGCACAGGGCCCUCUCCGCCGGGGACUUCCUGGAGCUGGCCUCUGUGGAGGACGUGCGCGAGGAGAUCGCGGACCUGGAGGCGCUGAUACAGAACUUCGCCCUCCACCCGAGGCACCGCGCAGGGAACCCGUUCCAGUUCAUGACGGGGUCUGAGCGCGGCUCCGUCUCGGAGCGGGAGCGCGCGGACCUGUGCCUGCUGUACGUCAGACUGAGGCACAGCCAGGACGUCUGCAGGCACUUCGGCGUCAGCACCGUCGACGCCGAGAUGCUGCGCCGGCUCUUCGCGGUGCUGGCAGAGCGCGACGUGCGGGCGCUCGCCGCCGGCAGGGCGCCCGCCAAGGCGGUCCUCGCGCGCUACGAGGCCCGGAGGAGGACGCAGGAAUACCGCUGCCAAAGCGGCUCGCAUGGGCGUGGUCCCCUCCUCGCCCGCUGCGACUGCGGCGCGUGA